UGGCUGGCAGUCAGUCUUGUUGGAGCUGCUUCAGGGAUUCCUGGGAAAAGGGUAGCCUCCCCACCAAAAAAACCCCAAACAACCAAACUAGUUGGAACCAGAGCCAACUGAAUUGCUGAUGAGGAAGGUUUAAAGGCCUAGCCACCAGGGUCCCUGGACCACAGAGGUGGCGGUAAGACUGGCAAUGUCACUAUGCGGAGCAGCAAGAAGAAGUACAUUGUCAGUGGCAGCGCUGGGGUGAAAGCCCAGCAGAUCCAAUUUGCUGACCAGAAGCAAGAAUUCAACAAACGUCCCACCAAAAUUGGACGCCGCUCCCUGUCUCGCUCCAUUUCUCAAUCAUCAACUGACAGCUACAGCUCAGCUGCUUCCUACACAGAUAGCUCAGACGAUGAGACGUCCCCCAGAGACAAGCAGCAAAAGAACUCCAAGGGGAGCAGCGACUUCUGUGUCAAGAACAUCAAACAGGCGGAAUUUGGACGGAGAGAAAUUGAAAUUGCAGAACAAGAAAUGCCUGCCCUGAUGGCUCUGAGGAAGAGAGCGCAAGGAGAAAAGCCUCUGGCUGGAGCCAAGAUCGUGGGCUGCACGCACAUCACUGCUCAGACUGCCGUGCUCAUGGAAACCCUAGGCGCUCUGGGAGCGCAGUGCCGCUGGGCGGCCUGCAACAUCUAUUCCACCCUUAAUGAGGUGGCUGCUGCUCUGGCAGAAAGUGGGUUUCCUGUCUUUGCCUGGAAAGGAGAGUCCGAAGAUGACUUCUGGUGGUGCAUCGACAGAUGUGUGAAUGUGGAGGGCUGGCAACCAAACAUGAUCUUGGAUGAUGGAGGGGAUCUUACUCACUGGAUUUACAAGAAGUAUCCCAAUAUGUUUAAGAAAAUCAAGGGCAUAGUAGAGGAGAGCGUGACUGGAGUCCAUAGACUGUACCAGCUAUCCAAGGCGGGGAAGCUGUGCGUUCCGGCCAUGAAUGUCAAUGACUCAGUCACCAAACAGAAAUUUGACAACCUCUACUGUUGCCGUGAAUCCAUUCUUGAUGGACUUAAAAGGACCACAGACAUGAUGUUCGGUGGAAAGCAGGUGGUGGUGUGUGGCUACGGAGAGGUGGGGAAGGGCUGCUGCGCUGCUCUGAAAGCCAUGGGCUCCAUCGUGUACGUCACGGAGAUCGACCCCAUCUGUGCCCUGCAAGCCUGCAUGGAUGGAUUUCGACUGGUGAAAUUAAACGAGGUCAUCCGACAAGUGGACAUCGUUAUUACCUGUACAGGUAACAAGAAUGUGGUGACCAGGGAGCACUUGGACCGAAUGAAGAAUAGCUGCAUCGUUUGUAACAUGGGACAUUCCAACACAGAGAUCGAUGUGGCAAGUCUGCGGACACCAGAACUGACCUGGGAGCGAGUGAGAUCCCAAGUGGACCACGUAAUAUGGCCAGAUGGCAAGAGGAUAGUACUGCUGGCCGAGGGCCGGCUGCUGAACCUGAGCUGCUCCACCGUGCCUACCUUCGUGCUGUCCAUCACAGCUACCACGCAGGCCCUGGCCCUGAUUGAACUCUACAAUGCCCCCGAGGGUCGCUAUAAGCAGGAUGUCUACCUGUUGCCCAAGAAAAUGGAUGAGUACGUGGCGAGCCUGCACCUGCCCACCUUUGAUGCCCACCUGACAGAGCUGACGGAUGAGCAGGCCAAGUAUCUGGGUCUUAACAAGAACGGGCCCUUCAAGCCUAAUUACUACAGGUAUUAAGUUCCUGUAACUGAAGCCAGAAGAAGGUUUAAGGAAUAGAACUCCAAGUCUUUGCUUCACUACUAUACAGGAAAUAAUCCAGCAAGCUGCUUCUCCCAUCCGAGCUGCCCGCCACGCUCACCUUGUAGACCAUAUGUUAGGUUAUUUAUUUAUUAAAAUCUAGAAUCCUGUGCCUGUCGCCUUGGCCCAGAGUGUGGUUACUGCCCCACGGGCUGAGCGAGCCACAGAGGACAGGCUGAGGAAGGAGGAAAAUGGGGUAACCAUUCCCAAUGCAUCUUUGCCUCAAACCCCAUUGAUCUGAAAUCUCAGCCGAUGGCAUUCUCUCUUGUCCAGGAUCAGGGAUUAGUCCAGGCCUUCCCGAUUCCUUGUUCCCUGGGUCUGCUGGAACACAUUUUCAGCAGCUGCCUUGCUCAGCUCCGGCCCCUCCCCAGGGGAGGCCUGGGAGAAGCCACUGAAAGACCAUGGCCUGGGCGGCCAGCCUUGACCAUCCCUCUACGAUCACUGCCUUCUUUCUGAAACGGCUGCUAGGAAGGAGUGCUACGGCUUUGGCAAGCUGCAACCAGAGCUCCGCUGUGCCUGUGCCUCAGAGAGGCCUCCUUCCUUAGCCAGGACUCCCGCUUCUCCUGAGCACUUGUGUCUGUCCUGGAGUGUGCCUCCACUGUCUCCUCAGCCGCUCUACUGUUUCGCUGCCUUUUAUCCCAACCCCACUCCACUCAGGAAGUGGGGGCCAUUCCCCUGGGACCCAUAGUUUUAUUUCCCUGUCAUUUACCUGGAGAUUGCCCCAGGAAGGGCCCUCCAAAUUGGUUCCCUCUCUAAAAAAGAGAGCUUGUUUUGAAAAAACAAAAAACAUGGCUUCCUAGGACUCUCUGCUACUUCCUAAGCAACUUCUGAAAAUUCUGUAAGGAGUAGAGAAAAGCAGACCUUCCAGGGGACUUAAAGAGUGAGAGCUUCCGAAAUGGGACGUCACUCAGGCCCGUGGUGUGACAAACCUGGUUCCUAAAGAAGCAGGGUCUGUCUGUCCCCCGGGAAUUGCAGGGCAGCUUUCGUGCGGGCUAAGCUCUACACACGGCCCGUACUCUGUCCAGAUGAUCGGAGCUGGUUUGAACCUCAUCAGACAGCUGCCACCUCUGGCCGUGGCCAAGAGCUAAUGGCCUCUGCGACCUGGUCUGUGUUCUUUGGACUCUGCUGCGGUAUCUGUCUAUGUUUUGGCCUCUCCGCUAAGGGUCCUGUGUGUCAGUUUCUGGAGCAGCUUCCCCUGUAGGAGGAAGCAGAGUGGGUGGGAUUGGUAUGACCGCCCACCCGGGAGCAGGACUGCUUUUGGAGACCGCAGUGAAACACGGCCAGUUCUACGAGUUAAAGCCUGGGUGUCCCUAGGGAUUUUGAAGUAGAUAAGUCCCCACCUUCCCACUCAACUCCCCCCCAACACACACACACACGCACACACACACACACUCUACCAUAUUGAAACUCUCAGGAUUGUUUCCCCACUUGUUCCCCAUCCUGGGCUGCCUCAAAGUCUUAAGACAGCCAGGACAGCCAGGGUCACUGUGACCUUCCACUCUGGUUCUCCUCCUGGGUCCACCCUCUCCUGUGCUCCCUGGUCUUCCUGGGUCCCCUCAGGGUUGGUCUGGAAGUGACCUUACUUUUGGCAGUAGAGAGGUGACACUUGGCUAGAUGGCUGUCUGUCUCUUGAAAUAGUAGACAGGUUCAUCCCACAAAGACUGGCUCUUCGGGGGCCAUGUGUCUGAGAAAGUAUUCGGAAAAUGCCCCCCACCCAUCUGCAGCUCCUGCCCUGCAAGGAAGACCACAAUUGCUGAAAGCUCCCCCAGGCCACUCCCUCCCUCCUGAUUGUCCUGAGUUCAUUGGCUGCUUGGACUAUAGAGAGAGUCCGAUCUUCUGCACCUCCUCUUGUAUCCAGGGCAGAUUCCCACAGACAGGUCUCUGGCCUCUGGUCUCCUUUGUUCUCAUGCCGGAAGCUACAGCCUGCUGUUGCUCAUUGCACCUGCCCAGUGCUCUCUGGGCUCCAGGUGUGAGCUUGCUGAGGGCAUCAUGCUCCUGUGAACAAACAGAGCCUCCCUCCGCAGCUUCGGGUUAGCUGGGGAGUUGCUGCAAAUGGUGAGGUGCUUGCCUCCGAGUUUCAGGUGAUACCCCUCUCUCUCACUCGCUCUGUCUCUCUCUCUCUGUCUCUCUCUGUCUCUCUUUCUCUCUGGGGACCCAGUUUCAUCAGCCAUUGAUACCUGCUGGUAUCUGGAAGCUUGGAGAGGGAAUCCCUACCAUGUUCUCUCCAAUGAAUUAGAGCUACUCUUCAGGUUGGCUGGUUGGUUUGUCACCCUCUUCAUAGACACGUUCAGUUUAUUUUCCCAGGCCUCUGAUCUGACCACCUCCUGCCUUCCCACUUCCCUGCCACCGCCCCCCACCCCCCACCCCCACGCCCCUUGAAGCCUGGCUGCCCGUGGCCUCACUUUUUCCUGCAAAGCUUUUUUGCUGCUUGACUUUUCUCUGAACAGAUCUGAAACUGCUGCCCCUGUGGUUUUCUCAAAUCCACUUUGUCACGGUUUUAAAAAAGAAAUCAAAAUGCAUUGUUGCAUUAUGCUUUUUUUAACAAAGGAAAAUUACAGAACGAAAAUAGGCAACACCAGCAAAUUAUAUAUGGACAAGUUCUGAACUAUAUAUACAUAUAUAUUAUAUAUAUCCAAAAAAAGUAAUCAUCUAGUUCUCGUGAUCAUCUUAGCACCCAGACCUCUGAGCAUUGCCUUCACCGAGAGGUUCUGGAAAUCUAUAUGUCUGAGUGAUUGUAUUAGAUCAGCAAUAAUGACCAUGUAAUCUCAAAAGACAAUAAAAUGUUCCUAAAAUGAA